AUGCCACAAGAACAAGUCGAGGAACGGCAGCCCGUUGCAAACGGGCACCACACAAAUGAGCAACCUGCUGCCUCACAACACAUGAAUGCACACGCUCCGCCAAAGCCAGGAAACCCUAAGAAGUCAAACAUGGACGCGUACUCCGAGGGCGUGAUGAAGGAAGCAGGAAAACAAACCGUGGAUUACGGCGUCGAGAAUCACGACGAGUUAGCAGACAAAGGUGAAGAAACGUACGAAGAUACAAAGUUGAAGGUUCAGGGAUGGUGGCAGAAGAAUUGUGGUUGUCUAGGCGGCUCCGUGUAG